UAGUUACAAGCAAAAGCCGAAAGGGGUUCGCAAGCAAUAACAUUGGCACUUCGUCCUUGGACCUGCUGGGAAUGAAAGAUCAGUUUAUUUCUACAGUUUGAGUUCACCCCUGUUUGGGGGCGUUUCUGUAAAUAUGCUUGGUCUUCUGGCUAGAACGAUGGCUAAGCCAGCCAUCAUGAAGCCUUCAACCCUGGUGAAGCCAGUGUCGGUGACGAAGAUCGUCGGCCGAUACCUGGUCCACCAGGAGGGCCUACCCAAACUGCCGGUGCCACCCCUCAAACAGACCUGUGAGCGCUACUUGGCGGUGUUGGAGCCAAUCAUCAGCGAAGAGGAGCUGAGCCACACUCGCGAGCUACUGGCUGAGUUCCUGAGGCCCGGCGGCGUAGGGGAGAGGCUGCAGAAGGGCCUGGAACGCCGGGCUCGCAAGACUGAGAACUGGCUCUCCGAUUGGUGGUUGCAGACUGCUUAUCUGGAGUUCCGAUUGCCCGUGGUGAUGAACUCCAGCCCUGGCGUGGUCCUUCCCCGUCUGGAGUUUCAUGAUCGGCAGGGGCAGAUGAGGUUUGCCUCUAAGUUGAUUGCCGGUGUUUUGGAUUUCAAAUCCAUGAUCGACAAUGAGACCCUGCCUGUGGAAUACCUGGGUGGGAAGCCACUCUGCAUGAACCAGUAUUACCAGAUUCUGUCCUCCUGUCGUAUCCCUGGCCUAAAGAGAGACACGGUGGUGAACCAUGCCAUGAGCAAGACACCCCCCAUGCACAUCACUGUGGUGCACAACUUCCAGUUCUUCGUCUUGGACGUGUACAACAGUGACGGUUCCCCUCUAACGGUGGAUCAGAUCUACAUGCAGCUAGAGAAGAUCUGGAACUCAUCCCUGCAGACGAACAAAGAGCCAGUGGGCAUCCUGACCUCCCAGCACCGCAACUCCUGGGGAAAGGCCUACAACAACCUCAUCAAAGACAAAGUGAAUAAGGAGUCAGUGCGGGCCAUCCAGAAGAGCAUCUUCACCGUGUGCCUGGACGCCCCCAUGCCACGCGUUUCGGAUGACCUGUACCGCAGCCGCGUAGCCGCACAGAUGCUGCACGGAGGAGGCAGUCGCUGGAAUAGUGGGAACCGCUGGUUUGACAAAACCUUGCAGUUUAUAAUUGGAGAAGAUGGGUCAUGUGGUCUGAUCUAUGAGCACGCACCUGCUGAAGGACCCCCCAUCGUGGCCUUGGUGGACCACGUGGUUGAGUACACGAAGAAGUCGGAGAUGAUACGCUCCCCCAUGCUGCCCUUGCCCAUGCCCCCGAAACUGCGCUUCAACAUCACGCCCGAGGUCAAGAAGGACAUCGAGAAGGCCAAGCAGAACAUGAACAUAAUGGUGCAUGAGCUGGACGUGAAAGUCAUGGUGUUCACCCACUACGGGAAAAACGUCCCCAAAUCCUACAAGAUGAGCCCUGAUGCCUUCAUUCAGAUGGCUUUACAGCUGGCUUACUUCAGGAUGUACCAUCACUGCUGUUCCACCUAUGAGAGUGCCUCCCUGCGCAUGUUCGCACUGGGCCGCACCGACACCAUCCGGUCCACCUCUAUCGACUCUUUCAGAUUUGUCCAGGCCAUGGACGACUCUUCCAAACAGAACACAGAGAAGGUGGCUCUGUUGCAUAAGGCUGUCAGCGCUCACAGAGCCUACACUGAUAUGGCGAUCCACGGGCAGGCCAUCGACCGGCACCUGCUGGGGCUGAAGCUUCAGGGCAUCGAAGACCUGACCUCCAUGCCCGACAUCUUCAUGGACACGGCCUACGCCGUGGCCAUGCACUAUAACCUCUCUACCAGCCAGGUUCCGGCCAAGACGGACUGCGUGAUGUGCUUCGGGCCGGUCGUGCCGGACGGCUACGGCGUGUGCUACAACCCCAUGGAUGAGCACAUCAACUUCUCCGUGACGGCCUUCAACAGCUGCGCGGAAACCCACGCCGCCAAGCUAGCCCGCGCCCUGGAGGAGGCGCUGGUGGACAUGCGGGACCUGCUGGAUCAGACGCCCACGGCCAAGCUGUGAGGAAGGGGUACAGACGCUGCCCCAUUCUCUGGGGUUCCAAACUGACGGUGGUGAAAACUGUCUGGGGGGGGGUUGUUGGGCAUUUUCACGUGGCUAUUCAGCGUUUCACUGAUUAAGCUGGAGCUGGGGCUACCGUUUUAUCGCCUGCGACCCCCCCGGAAAAAAACAGACCUCACAUGCCCCACCCCCAGGGUGGGAGCAGAGGGCACUGUCCUUUGUUCUGCCUUUUGCUGGAAGCGUAGAAUUUUUUUUUUUUACGAAGAACCUUAAAUGAAGAUUUGAUUCUCGUAAAUGAUUCACUUCUGGUUUAAAACGUUGCCGUGUUCCCACAGUUCAGAAAUGAGUGAAAAACGGGUGCCAAAGUUGCUUCUCCUAUUUUGUUACAUAAAUGGUUUAUGAGCAUAAUGGAGAUACAGUAGUUUGUAUUUAUUUUUUGCCAUUCGUCAGGUGACAAAAUGUUUUUUUGUUGUUGUUGUUGUUUUUCUGGAAUAUUUAUUUGCAAAUUUGAAACUGACCCUGUAAAUAGUUUUGGUUGUAAUUACGCAUUUGGGUCAGUUUUUUUUUUUUCUAACAUUGUGCAUUAAAGGGGUUGUUUAAUUAGCAGUUUAAUUUGUGAAUUGGCUAUAGUAAUAGUAUUGUGAAUAUUGAAUGCAUUUGCUGUUUUCAAGGAAUGGGUCUUAGCUAACUGAAAAGUGAGCAUUUGCACGAAACACAUACUGUAAGUUUGCCAGUAGAAUUAUGUCAUGGAACAAACUAAUAGUUUGUAAAACAAUUUUGGACCCAGGGCCUCAUCUCUUAGCAUUAUGUAUUCCAAACACAAUAGAAGGUACUAUUCUGACAGUGGUGUACGUUUUCCAUGACCCUUUCAGUUGGUCCUCGAGUUCCUGUUGCAGUACAAACAUAACGUUAGCAUGGCCAGGCGGUUUUAUUAUGUGUGUUAUUGGGGUAAUCACUGCAGUGCAGUAUCUCAGUGCAGUGUGCCUUCAAAUCUCCCUGCCGCUUCAAUAAAACAUGCACUGAGUUAGAAUUAUAAUUCAGUCUAUAAUUCAGACAUGUGCCUUCAUAAUUAAUUUAGCACUGGAUUACUGCCAUUAAUUACCUCCCUUACCAUACCAGUGUGUUAAUACCCAUUAAUAAUACCAAUUAUCUUGCAAUAUUAAACAACCAAUGCAAACCUCAGAUUAGUAGUCAGUUCUGAUUGACUUACAGGGAUAUGAAACGUCAGUCUGUUUUGUGUCGUAUAUCUUGCUUGUAUGGAUUUGAACCCAAUUUGAGUAAUGACAAAUUUUAAGAUUGAGGCUUUACAUUAAAAAUCAUGAAAACCAUUAAAAAUUAACAUCUUUAUGUGUUCUGUAUACAGCACUGCUAUCAUUGUUCUAUCACUGAAGUGUUUUUAAAUUCUUGUAUUCAUUGUUCAGAUUGUGUUUUAUGCCAUUCAACACUGCCGCGGGACACAGCACAGUGGCCUGAAGUACUAGGCAUUUUUCUUUCUUUUUCUUUUUUUUUUGUCUGUCUGUCAGUGAGUGGCUAGUUUGUCACAUGGCCACUUUUGACCAGUUGGAUAGAGCACACACUGUGAAGAUAAAAUAAACUUUGUCAUUUUGUAAAUCUAGCAUGAAACUUGUUCAGACACACAAGUGCCAUAUAUUAUUAAUGCCUUGUUAAAAUAUUGUUUUCUGUACAUUAUGUUUAUUGGUUUGUUAAUUUAUCUAAAAUCAAGUGUUAUGUGUGGCAAUGACAUGCAUUUCAAGUUCUGAAACGUACUGAAACAAAAUCUAUGCAAAAAAGCUUUCUACUUUCUGUGCCUUGUCAUCACGGUUUGUGCAAAUACUCUGUGGCCUUGAAGCUGUGGUGUUCAAUAAAACUAUAGAAUUGUGCAA